UAUGAUUGGUAACUGUUCGGAUGCGAAUAGUAUCAAGUCUGUGAUUGUAGAAGACCACAGCUGUGACAAAGAAAAGUGCUUGGUACAAUGGGGUGAAGACAAUGGCAUGAAAUCAAGGUUACGGAUUGCCUACGUGGAAGGAGCGGGAAGAGGAGCCAUAGCAAGAGAAGAUCUGAAAGCUGGAGAUACUGCUUUGGAGAUCCCUACCUCUUUAAUCAUUUCCGAGGAGCUAAUGAAGAAAUCUGACAUGUAUCAAAUAUUAGAAAAGAGGAACGAAAUGUCCUCUGAGACAAUGCUCUUGCUGUGGAGCAUGAAGGAGAAGUAGAAUAAUAAUUCAAGAUUUAAGAACUACUUUGACACGCUGCCAGAAGAAUUUCAUACAGG